GGUCUGUUUCUGUUUAUUCUAUUCGGAUAAUUCAGUUCAGUGUUUUUGUGGUGAAUUUUACCAAGUUAUUUGUGAUGGAUGUCAGUUCAAAUAUUUAAGUGAUUGAUGAAACUUCAAAUCUUGGAAUAAUUACACAUUCAACAUGUUUUACGCGCAAUUUGUGCUCGCCAAGAAGGGCCCUUUGGCUCGAAUCUGGUUGGCAGCUCAUUGGGACAAGAAGCUCACAAAAGCACAUGUUUUUGAAACUAAUAUUGAGAAGUCAGUGGAGGGUAUAUUGCAACCAAAGGUGAAAAUGGCUCUGAGAACGUCAGGGCAUCUGCUGCUUGGAGUGGUGCGUAUCUACUCGAGGAAAGCGAAGUACUUGCUAGCAGACUGCAAUGAGGCGUUCGUCAAGAUCAAGAUGGCGUUCCGGCCUGGCAUGGUUGAUCUGCCCGAGGAGCACAGGGAGGCAGCCGUCAAUGCCAUCACUCUGCCUGAGGUUUUCCACGACUUCGAUUCGGCUAUGCCUGAACUCAAUGCUGUUGAUAUCGAAGCUCAGUUCAGUUUGAAUCAGUCGCGUGCCGAGGAAAUAACAAUGCGAGAGGAGUACGGUAACAUCGGUGCUUUGGUACCACAGGAGGAAGGCUUUGGUGACAUGGGAUUCGAUACUGAUGCACCUGAGUUGUUGAGGCAGACUGGCUUCGAUCAUCAUUUAGAUCAGGAUAACCUAUUAUUCAGCGAUGGAGUUGAACACAUGGAGAAAGGAAAAGACGAGCCGCAGCCCUCCACUUCAGGAGGUCUCAUGUCUCGGGGAGGAUUGGACAUUGACACACCCAUCAGAGAUGAUGGCUUCGGCGGAAAUUUGGGCCAGGAUAUUAUUGCGGGAGGCCUGUUCGAGGGAGGUCUGUUCGACGACGCGCCAAUGGGGGAGGUGCCGGCCGUGGAGUCGAGCUCGGUGGUGGGGGGCGGUGACCAAAGCGUGUUGGCCGGCAUGCCGCCCUCGGGGGCAGACAGCGACGAUGACGACGACGACCACUUUGGCGGCCCGCCCAGCAUUGGAGGGCACAGCUCGGACGGGAUGUCGAGAGCUGCAUCGCCGGUGCCCGACAUCGACAUGCCGGGUGACAAGUCGGUGGGUGCAGCGGACCUGGAGGCGGCGCCGAUGGUCGGGGGGCAGCAGGGGCCGGUGUUGGGGGCAGAAGGAGGGGCCGAGGCCGCCUACGAGGAGCCGAUAGAUGAGGAGCCGAAAGAGGAUGCACCACAUCCGGACCAGACGACGCUGCUGCACAACGAGGAGGAGAGCUUUGCGCUGGCUCCGGUCGAUGCGUCAGCGUUCAAAGGCUUCACAAAGACGAAACGCAAGCGAAAGCUGAUCGUGGACGAAGUGAAGAACAUCUCGGGUGAGGAGAUGAAGGCCCAGCUGAGCGACACGACUGACAUCGUGACGACGCUGGACCUGGCGCCGCCCACCAAGCGACUCAUGCACUGGAAGGAGACUGGAGGCGUCGAGAAGCUGUUCGCCCUCCCUGGCCGCAACAUUCCCGCACGGGCCCUCUUCAAGAACUACCAGAGGCACCUGACAAGCCGCGUGGUGCUAACCGACGACCAGGGUCUGUGGGGCGACGGCGACAAGGACCAGCUGCACCUGGAGCCACAUGAGCAGCAGCCGGAGCUGGCGGCAGCCGCAGCCGAGCCGCCACGCCGCGGACGCAAGCGAAAGGAAAUGGAACCCGAAGAGCCGGUGGUUGAGCCAGUUCCACCGGUGGCCCCUGCCACCCCGGCACCCCCCGAAGCUGUGGCACCACCCCAGACCCCCGCUCCACAACUACCCCCCGACACACCGGCCCCGCCCCCCGAACAAAACCAAUUCAUGGAAAACAUGGGCUACGAUCAGACGCUUGCUGCUCAAAACGAAGAGUUCGGUAUGUUAGCCAAAGAACAGCAAGACCGACUAGAUCCAUUUGAUCAAACUGUUGAGAACAAACCUGAACAGCAGGGAGUUGAAGGAACGGAAGGUGGAGCGGAAACAAGUGUACUGGCUCCGGGCACCCCCGCCCCCCCUCAGACACCGGCCCCUGUCAUCCCCCCCAUCCUGGAUCCGCAAACCCCUGCGCCCCCUCACACACCAGCCGAACAACAUCCCUUCAUGGAGAACAUGGGCUACGAUCAGGAGAAUCCUAUGAUGGCGAAUAUGGGAUACGACGAGCACCAUCCCCCUGUCACCCCUGGUGCCAUCUCUGAAAAGGGCAACGCCACACCCUGGAAUGACGACUACGAACUGCCCGUCUCAGUUGGCCCGCCUGAAGAACAAGCAACUGAUGAAACAUUCGAGCAGUUCGAAGAACGAGUUCUCAACAAACGAGCAGCUCACUUCUACCAUCUGGUCAAAACGAAAAUGCAAAGCAUGGAAGGAACCAAACUUUUUCUAUCAGACCUCACACAUCGUAACAACAGAAAACAGGUGGCACAGAAAUUCUAUUCAAGUCUUGUUUUGAAGAAGUUUCAAGUUUUGGAACUCGUGCAAGAGAAUUCAUAUGCUGAGAUUGAACUGCAGAAAGGUGAAUUAUUUGAUAAGCCGACACUAUGAACUGUGAUAGUCGACAUAAUUACGAGUGCAAGCGUGUUUCGAGCGAUUCAUUGUUCGAUUUCAAGUCGUCAUGUGAAUAUUGAAUGGGUAUUAGUAAUAUACUGAAGUGCAAAGAAAUUAUUAUAUGAAAAACUAAGAUAUGGACCUAGUCUUGUAAUCACAGGACAUAAAACUGUUGAAAUGUAUGUAAAAUAUAUUAGUGAUUCGCACUUUUUGAGAUCCAAAUGGUAAUUUUUGGAUAAUAUGAGGACAUUAUUUUGUAAAUACUGAUGAAAUGAAUAUUGUACGCGUUGUAAUGUAAUGGAUAAAGGGUAGGCUCUUUGUCACUGCAGCCGCAAAGUGCUGCUAAAUUAUUUGACAGCAAAAGUGGAAAGGGACUUUGAAUAAUUAUGACGUUACGUUACAACGUGUAUACUGAUUAUUAGUUUAUAGUGAUGUUUGAGAGGAUGAAAGUCAUUCAUGCAUUCUUCUUCACUCCACAUUUCCAUCACAAUCAUCUCAUAUCCUUCUCACAUUAUGUAAAUUAUAUUGUACAAAUAUUAUAUUAAUUAUAUUUAUUCAUUUCAUACGUUUUGUCUUAGUUUAUCUGCUAAUUAUGCUUUCACCAAGUGCUCUUCUCAACCGACUACAUACUAUACAGUUUCCUGAAAAUCAAGCGCUGCUAUAUUAUUUUGCUUUCUCUACUGUAUCUCCACAUAAAUAAAAAGUAGGUCAAUGUUUUUUUUGUAAAUAUUUCCUCCUGAAAUAUGGAAUACAUUUACACAAAAUAAUAUUUUGAUACUGUUAACAAAUAACUGUCCACUUACUACUUACAUAUUUGUGAAACGGCUAUCAAUAAAAAUGUAAAUAUAGCCUUAUAUUCUGUUUAAAGUUUCACUGUCUAAUAGUUUCAAAUCAGUACAGAAUCUUAUAACCUCUGCUUUAUUUUUAUGGCUUUCCAUUUAAUAAUAACUAACGAGAAUUAAGUUUUAUUAAGUUUGAUUAUCUUAUUUAGAAACUGUGGAUAUCUUCAUGCCUAAACCGUGGCUGUUAAAUGCCAAAUAUCUCAUUAUAGGUAAGUUGGAAGCGCUAUAGAAUUGUAAACGAAGACUGUUCAUAAUUUUGUAUAAUUUAUCAAGUCCACGAUUUAACAAAUGCAAUGAAAUGUUACAACCAAACAAAAAAUUGCAUUCUAGCACUGAAAUAUACAUUCUCGAUCACUUAUAACUUUUCUCGGGGUUUCAGCAAUUAUUGAUUGAUUGGUAUCUAAGUGCAAUCAAGUUACCAUUUAACGAAAUUUUAUUUUAUUAAUUCACAAUCAUCGAAAAUUUUGUGAUUCAUUCGAUAACUUGACAUUACAUCCCUUUGAGUGUUGUUGAAGUUGUAAACUUCUAUUUAAGUUGACUGUUAGAGGUAAUUUGUAUUGAAUCUGGUGAGAAAUCUAAAAGUUGGUCGAUUGUCAAUUUAUUUCAAAAUGUGAUAGGUAAUUUGAGAGUUGCUCUGAUACCUUUCAAAAUGUUUGUCUUAUAUUGAAAACGCCAAUGUCGUUGUAUAACAAAAGUGAUAGUGCAUGGAUGACUUUUGUCUUGAAAACGCGAAUCUAUUGGAUAAUUGAAUGUUGAAACUAUUUUAACAGUUGAUAGUAGUAUAUUUCUGUUGAAUUUGUUGAUAUCUCAAUAGAUAAGUCUUUACUUAUUAAUUUCUUUCCGCAUAGGAUUAUUGUUAGUAGAGACAGUUGGUGUAAUCUGAUAGGGGCCAACUUAAAUGAUCCAUUAUCCAUUGCGUUUUCUUUUAUAAAGUUUGCUAACUUAUCAAUAAGAUUGGUCUGAGAUUGAUAUAAGUUGUGAGAGAUACAUUCAACCAUUGUUUAUCAUAUUUAAGUUCUUUUAUUGCCAAAAUCUUAUUAUUUUGCAAUUUUGAUGUAGAUAUCUUGCUGAAUCAAAUCUUGUACUACUGUUUCUUUUCUUAAAAUACAAGAAAAUUUGAAUUCAGUAGCUCAAAAACUUAAUUUACUUUUAAUUCUCAACUAAGAAUUGAAAGGAUCUUGCUAUAAAGUUUUAAUGCUAUUGAUUACUUGAAAUUGUUGAUUCAUUCUUAGUUUGAAGUAUCAUUAUUAUUAUUAUUUCUCAUUUAUCUCAAAUAAUAUUUACUCAAUGAGGCUAUUAUCUACUUUUUCUUCAAUUUAAUUUUCAAAGAUCUUUUACAGAUGCUAUUUUAUUUUGGUUAUUUUUCAUUUUAAGCAGCUAGAUAGUAUCUUAUGAGAUUUUUUCUCAAUGAAGGAAAUAAACCUUUCAUACAAAGCAAUCAAGUAAUAACGAUAUCCACCCUUAUAACUCAUUUGAGAUUCAUCAUUAAUAAACAUAUUGAUGAAAAUUGUAUCAUUUAUAUUCUACACAUUUUAAAAGAAUUUUUAGUUUGAGUUAUAUAUUAAUACUCACAGUAUAUUUUUAUCAAUAAUAUUUGUUUCUAAAUCGCCUUUUCCUCUCAAGAUGAUGAGUAUGAUAUAUGUCAGUUGGUGAUAUUAUAUUAUAUGAAAAUAUUAGUUGCAAAUGCCACAUUAUACAGUAUUUUAAUCCUAACAAAGUAUUUCAAUGAAAUUUUAUAUUUUUGAUCUUUAUUUUCUUAAAAAUAUAUUACAAUAUUAUUACUUGAAAAGAAUCAAUAUCUUAGAAAUCAUUUAAUUGUAGGCGAAAUAAAUUUGGUCAGCUUGAUAUUAUUAAAAGAAAUUCAAGCGAUAAUACUAGAAACUCGUUCACUCAAUUUUGAAAAAAAAUUGAUGCAAAAAUGUUUGAAGAUAGUGCAAUCUCAACUAUUCAUCUUCCAAGUCGUCUUCAAUUGCAAUAAAAUGUAAACAAUCCAUUUAUUGUACUCUAUGUAAAAUUAUCAGCCUAUGUAAGAUGUAACAGCCUCAGUUGUACAGUGAAAUAAAACUUUAUUAUUUUCCAAUUUCAUGUUACUCAGCCAUAUAAAAAAUAUCUGCUUGAACAUCAGUGAUCUUGAAUGCCAUUCCAUGAACCAUUUUUGGAUUUGAUUUUAUACUAAGAUUCAAGUUCUCACCAUUUAUAAUGUCUGAUACAAUACUGGAGUUGUGAUUUUUAAAUCCUUUUGUUUCACACGCAAUUUCGACGUUAUAGAAUUGCAUCUAAUUAAAAGCUUUUUGUCAAUCUGGGAUUAUUUUUUCUUAUGAUUGAAUUUCACAAAAUAAAUUAUAAAAUAUACAAUUAAAUUAUAGAUCUGGUAAAUUUAAACUUAGAUCCUCAUCUUCAAACCACACUGAUUCAUUGACUGGCAUUCAAAUUCCAAUCACUUUCAUUUUCACAAUUUAGUUAACGAGUUUCUAUUGUGUAAUAUCAAGAUGUCUGAAACAAAUAUUUUGUAGCGAUAAUAAAUGGCUGCAGCCAUACAAUUCUCAUAAUAAUUAUCAUCUGAGUUUUGAGAGAAUACGUUUUGUAGCUAUUUAAUAACCAUAUCUUGAAACAUUAAUUUAUUGGAAAUCGUUGGAAUAAUUCUGUUGCAAAACAUAUUGACAAGUUUUCAAUAUCUUUAAUUGUAUAUUUGUUAUGGCUUUUUCUAAUUAGUUAUUAAAAAUUCACCUAUUUAGUGAAUUUUUCCAUAAUUUCUUAAAUUUGAUCUCAAAAUGAAUUACAUUUUUGAAAAUAUUUUGUUAAGUUCAUUAAUCCAUCUCUAAUUGCAUUUAGAAACAUAACGAAUCUUCACUUCUCUGAAUAUGAACACCAAUAUUUUAAACAUUGCAUAGUUAUUAAUUUACCCAAUAUAUUCAUGUAUAUCUUUAAGUUAUGGGGCUCUGGAACUAGUAUUGAAUUUCAAGUUGCUUUUGUGUUUACUAUAACUUUAAUAUUUUAUGUCUAAAACAUUUAUUGCUUUUGUUGCACCAUUUGAUUGUACUGAUUUUUCAGACUGAAUUGAUUGAUAUAACUCAUUAUUGAAUUAUGUUAGAGCUAGUUUAUUAGUAUUGAUUGUUAACGACGAAGAAGGAUAAUGAACAUUGAAAUCUCAGUAAGAAAAUGCUAAUGUAGCUCUCUCUUGUGUAGUACUACACUUUUUCACAAAUGUUUCCAAGACAAAUGUACAAAUCAUUUCCGUACAUAUAUUAAAAAAAUGUGUUUUUCUAUA